AUGUCCGUCCCCAGCGACAUCAAGGCCUUUGUGAGCGAAUUCUACCGCCUCUCCGACGACCCAGACCACGACGCAUACUGCUCCCUGUUCACGCCCGACGCGUCCUUCCUGGUGGGCACGGUCGGUGCUAAAGGGCGAGACGGUAUCCGCUCAGUCCGCGCCAAGGGGUGGGAUAACUUCGAUCACCGUGUGCAUAAGCAUGAGCGCAUUUAUGUCAACGAGGACGAACCCGACGUCGCCAUGCUCACGGGUACAAUUGACUAUGAUCGUAAGGACGGCGUUUCCGCUAGAGAUCUCUGCUGGGCUGGCAAGAUGGUCUUCGAUCGCAGUGGUGGGCUCAAAGUGAAGGAUUACUAUGUCUGGGUCGUGAGUCAUGGCUUGUAG